GGCGUUUUUGUCUUACGCCCUAGGGUGGGGAGAGGACUCCGGUGCCUUCGGGUCUGGGCUGGGCCGCAAAGGGCGGGGCCUGGGCCCGGCGCGGGCCGAGAGCAGAGGCCGAGACCCUGCAGGUGUGUCGAAGGCUUUUGCGAGAGGGCAGGGCCUGGGAGGCGGGGUCUCGAGCCAGGAAGCCGCCUCCUGGCCCCGGAGCGGCCUCCGCGGAGGGCCCCGGGUGGGAGCGGCCUGGCGGGGAGGUUGGCAGUCUGCGCUGGCGCCCCUGCCCGGAAUGGCGUUUGCGCGACCUGCUUGAGGGGCGGCCAGAGGAGGGCUGCGGUGGCUGGGCGGUGGGCGCCCGGAGCAGCCGCAUUGUGUGACGUGACCGGAGCCGCCACGUCAGGCGGCGCUGGCCGCUGCAGACGCGGCGCUCCAAAGCCGCAGAGACGUGGGCUCCGGUCCAGUGUCUGUAGGUGGUCCCAGUGCGGCUCGACGCCCAUCUGGCAAAUGAUGGGGGCCUUUGGGUACUGAAUAGGGUAAUAGAUGUAAAGUAUGAUACAGGACUCAAUAAAGAAAACAGAAACAUAAUUUUCAAAACAGCCAAUAGGAAAGAAAUGUGUAGAUUCACUAAAAAAUGUCCCAGGCUCAUCAAGAUUAAUAUCAGAGUCAGAAGUGGACAGGUGAUUCCUGGGGCUGCCAGCUAAGGUCCCUUAUGAUUUCUGCUCUGGCUUUGCAGUUUUCAGCCUUUCCCAAGAGCAGCAGAAAAUGAGCAAGUUCCAGGGACCCGUGACAUUAAAGGAUGUUAUUGUGGAAUUCACCAAGGAGGAAUGGAAGUUACUGACCCCUGCUCAGAGGACUCUGUAUAAGGAUGUGAUGCUGGAAAACUAUAGUCACCUGGUCUCAGUGGGUUACCAUGUGAAUAAGCCAAAUGCAGUCUUCAAGUUGAAGCAAGGAAAAGAGCCAUGGAUAUUAGAAGUAGAAUUUCCACAUCGGGGCUUCCCUGAAGACCUAUGGAGCAUUCAUGAUCUAGAAGCAAGAUACCAGAAAAGCCAAGCUGGAAAUUCAAGGAAUGGAGAACUCACAAAACAUCAGAAAACUCGUACCACAGAGAAAGCCUGUGAAUGUAAGGAAUGUGGGAAGUUCUUCUGCCAGAAGUCUGCCCUCAUAGUACAUCAGCAUACUCACUCAAAGGGCAAAUCCUAUGACUGUGAUAAAUGUGGGAAAUCUUUCUCUAAAAAUGAAGACCUCAUAAGACACCAGAAAAUUCACACGAGAGAUAAAACCUAUGAGUGUAAAGAAUGUAAGAAAAUAUUUUACCACCUAUCAUCUCUCAGUAGACAUCUGAGAACCCAUGCAGGAGAGAAACCCUACGAAUGUAAUCAGUGUGAAAAAUCCUUCUAUCAGAAACCACAUCUCAUAGAGCAUCAGAAAACACACACAGGGGAGAAACCUUUCGAAUGUACUGAAUGUGGGAAGUUCUUCUAUGUGAAGGCAUACCUCAUGGUACAUCAGAAAACACACACAGGGGAGAAACCCUAUGAAUGUAAGGAGUGUGGAAAAGCCUUUUCCCAGAAGUCACACCUCACAGUACAUCAGAGAACACACACAGGGGAGAAACCCUAUAAAUGUAAGGAAUGUGGGAAAUUUUUCUCUAGGAAUUCACACCUCAAAACUCAUCAGAGAACUCACACAGGAGAGAAACCCUAUGAAUGUAAGGAAUGUAGGAAAUGCUUCUACCAGAAGUCAGCCCUCACAGUACAUCAGCGAACUCACACAGGGGAGAAACCCUUUGAAUGUAAUAAAUGUGGGAAAACCUUUUACUAUAAAUCAGACCUCACUAAACAUCAGAGAAAACACACAGGGGAGAAGCCCUAUGAAUGCACAGAAUGUGGCAAAUCUUUCGCUGUGAAUUCAGUCCUCAGAUUACAUCAAAGGACUCACACAGGAGAGAAGCCCUAUGCAUGCAAGGAAUGUGGGAAGUCCUUCUCUCAGAAGUCACAUUUUAUUAUACAUCAGAGAAAACACACAGGGGAGAAGCCCUAUGAGUGUCAGGAGUGUGGGGAAACCUUUAUCCAGAAGUCACAACUCACUGCGCAUCAGAAGACACACACAAAGAAGAGGAAGGCUGAGAAGUAAGAUGAGUUGGGAAAUUCUCUUGACUUAAUUAGUCCUUCAAAACAAUCAGAUAAUUCACACAAGAGGUACACCUUUUGAAUUGCAUCAAUAGAGGGAAAUUUUCAGCUACAAUCUUUGCUCUCUCUGUGUAUCAGCAAAUACAUAGAUUCUGUACAUUUAUUUGGGAGAAAAUUUUAUCAUAUUGUAGGCUUUUCUAAAUAUUAGAUAAUAUAGAUGGCAGAAGUGAUGCAAAUUGUAAAACAGGAAGGAAACCUUUCAGAAGUCAUACUUUUGUUUUGCAACAUAGAAAUCACACAGGAGAAAAAUUCUGUAAGUAAAACGAAUGUCAAGACAUUUUUUGUCAGGGCAGCCAGCUGUAGACAUCCAAAAGCUCACGAGUGAGAAGCUCCUUGAGUAUCUAGAAAUCUCUUUACACAAUUGGAGCUCAUGUACUAGAGAAUUCAAAGGGAUAACUGCAAAGACAGUGGUAGAUAUAGAAGCCUUUAUUAAGAAUUGGUGUUUCAUUCAAUGUCAGAUCACUGGUACUUGGAUAGAUAUUUUAAAUAUUUGGAAGGUGUUCAAUAAAAAUUCAAAUAAUUUGUACUGAGGGAAACAGUUAUACUAGAAAUCAUGUUGCAGAUCUGAUGCCAAGAUUGUUCUAUUUUAAAAGGAAGUCUGCAAAUGUCUACAUAUAUGAAGCUUUUAAAAAGCACAAAUUAUGAGGCAACAUCAUUAAACAUACAUUAUAUAUAUGUUAGUAUUAUAUAUACUAUAUAUAUACACACACACACAUAUAUAUGUUAGUAUAUAGGAUUUUGUGUGUAUGUGAGUGUGCUAUAACAUGUAACUUGCGGAUGUUCAGUGUGCAUGUGGAAUCCAUCCAUAAUGGUACAUAGUGAAAUAAUAUAAUCUUAGUUCAGUAACUAUUAUGUCUAUGAAGAUGUUGCACAUUAAGUCUCAGUAGUGACUCUUGUUGUUAAUAUUUGUGUUGUAAGUGCAAUAUUCCUUUUAAAUUAUAAGGCAUCUUUUUAUCCUUUUUCUGUGUAUUUGUAAAUGGAUAUAGACAGUGGUACUAAACUAAUCCUUCAAAAACAAGUUAAAAUGUUUUUGUAAAAUUUUCAAAUGUCAGCUAAGUUUUGCAUUAGGGACACAUAUAUAGCAAAAGCCUGAGCUGUUUUUAAACAGCUAAAAACAGUAAUAUUUAUUAAAAUCUGCACAAUGAAAACAAAUAGUGCAAUGUAAGAAAUAUUAUGUAUUUCACUGUUGAUGUGUGAGCAGGGAGCAGAGCUAUCUGCAUUUGUAUUUUGUGUGAGAGUCCUAAAUGUUCUUCACCAACUUUUUCUUCCUCAUAGAAGCAACAUGACAUAGUUAAGGGUGUGGACUCUGGGCUCCUGCUGCCUGGGCCCCGAUUCCAGCAUGGGGCAUGCUACUUAAUAUCUCUGUGCCUCAGUUCCCAUCCCAUAAAAGAGUAGUGAUAGUGACAACAUCUUAGGAUUGCUUUGAGGUCUAAAUGAGUUAACAUUUUCAAAGCACUUAGAAUAGUGUCUGAGACACAAGAGCUAUAUGUUAGAGGUUAUCAUCAUUAUUUGUAUUUUGUGAAUUACGCUGCAAGGAAAAAAAAAAGUUGGCUACCCAACAUUCAUCCCCCACCUUCUUGCUGCCAGUGCCUUGAUUUGGUUGUUUGUUUGUUUGUUUUCCUACAAGUGAUUUAGGGGCAGAUCCUGACUACACUAAGUUAGGGUUUGACAAAUGACAGUCCAUCAGACAGUUAUGGCCCACUACACAUUUUUAUAUCCUGCAAGCUAAGAAUGGUUUUAUAUUUCUAAAUGGUUGAAAAAAAUCAAAGAAUAUUGUGACACAUGAAAAUUAUAUGAUAUUCAAAUUUCAGUGUCCAUAAAUAAAGUUUUGAAAACAUGAAUACAAACAAAAAAUAUCUAUUUAUGUUUGACCUGUGGCUGUCUUUGCACUACCCCAGCAGGGUUAAGUAGUUGUAGCAGACACCACAUGCCCUUGAGCCUAUGAUCUAGCACCUUACAAAGUAAGUUUUUCUGUUACUUAGAUCUGAAAAUAAAAGCAAUGUAGAGUUAUGCUUUUAUAAAUAUUUCAUGUUUCAGAAAUGAUGCAUACAGCAAUUUGUAGGUGGGUGGUUUUUUGCAGUAUAUUUAUUUUGUGCAUUAUAUUUAUAUGUUAAGAGCCUGAGCUUAGAAGUAUUUUUUCAAAGAAAUGUGUUUUUUACUUGCUGAAUUGUCAUAACAUCAAAACAAGAAAUUUCUUGAUGGAAUGUAGCAGUAAAUAUAUGAAAUAAACAUUGUCUAAAUUAAA